CGCGUCAUGUGGGACUUCUUUGAUGGAAAGACUGCAUUUAUUACGGGGGGCUCUGGUUUUUUGGGCACCGCGCUGGUUUUUCGGCUAAGAUCAAAAGCACAGUGCAAUCAUAUCUACCUCCUUGCGCGGGGAGGAAAAAGCUGCCUGAAAGAAAAAUGGAGUCGAUCACUACCCUCUGACGUUGUGAAUUGGCUGCUAGAUCCUGAGAAGACCACCAUUCUAGACGGUGAUAUCAUUAGACCCAACUUUGGUCUGCAUGACGACGAAAUUCAAAAUUUGAGCUCUGUGUUGGACUUUAUUGUACACGCAGCGUCUUCCAUCAACCUCAUCCAUGAUCUCAAAAGCACCUUGAAACAUGUUGUCCAGCCAUCCGAAGCACUGGCGCAGUUCGCCCUUCAAUGCGACCACGUGGAAAGAUUUGUUUAUGUAUCUACUGCUUACGCAAACUCUCAUCUCCAUGGACUUUCUUCAGAAACUGAUGUCAAAGUUGAAGAGCGCAUAUACCCCCUUCAGUCAAUCUCUGAAAGGACAGUGACUGUCGAGUACAAAGAGGCUCAGGCAAGAUUCUCAACCAUCGAAUACGAAUCCAAUGAUUUUCCAUGGGCUUAUGGAUAUGCGAAACAUCUUUCUGAGCGAUUGUUGACGGCAAUGUUCUCGGAAUGCGGAAGGUAUAAUCAGCUCCUCAUUGUACGGCCCUCAGUCAUAGGCCCCGCUGAAUGCUUUCCCUUUCCACAUUACACGGUUCCAACAUCUUCACCAGUUACCAUGGUUUCAGCGAUGUUGGCGAAUACGCCUUUGUUUUGUCUCAACUUCGCGAGCUCCCUUUCCAACCCCGGGAUGGAUGCGACCCUAGAUGAAGUGCCAGUUGAUGUUGUUGUUGAUCGCCUCCUUAUCCACCUUGCUUUUAAUACUCAAGGGUGUGUUCAUGCAGUGAACGGGGAACGAGGGAGAAUCAAGGCGCAGGAAAUUCAUCAGGCUCUCAGAGCCAUACGCUGGCUCCCUUGGGAACCCACUAUAAUCUGGUCGAUGGACAGCUGGCACUCAAAGCAUCAACACUGGGUCAAUCGCAUCUUCAAGUUGCUAGGGACAUCUUUCAACUUCUUAGAUGAGAGCACCUUUGCAAUCUGGGAAGGCCUAAGCCACGAAGAUCGUCAAUCGUUAAUGUUAUUUAGUCAGACUAGGGACCACUUGUUUGACUUAACCUCGAGGAAAGAGCAUAUUUACCAGUGUGUCAUCAUACUAUCUAAACGAAUGAGCUUUCCUCAUCGUCUCUUCUUUCGACUUCUUUGGUCACUUUGA